AUGCAAUGCUAUACGCGCGAAACCUUCCAGGAGGAGUAUGCCUUCCCUUUCAAACCGGCGAAGGAUUUUGAACGCGCUGGCAUCCCCGCUCAAUAUGCCUCAGGUCACCCAAAGGAGUGGUCGCAAACGCGCGAUGUUAUCAACUUCAGCGCCGAUCUGCCACAACAAUCCGAGAUUACAUACCGAAGUUACGAUACCGCUGUGAGCUCUGACAAGAAGUUGCUGGCCAUCAGCAGUAACUUGGGGCGAAUCUUGGUGUACAAUAUUCAGACCCGACAGCUGUGCGAGAUCCUCGAAGGAGGUGGAUCGGUGGAGUUUCGACCUUCUGUUGCCAAUGGGGAAAGCCACUCAGAGAUCGAGCAAACCUCCGGUACAGGGACUCCGAGACCUGGCUACACCCUGCUGAGCUCCGUCGUCGAUGAGACUCAGCGUUGCGAACGUACAACCGGCCAGCUUAUCCUUUGGGACCUUGACCAAAACGGACGCACACUCGACAAAGAAGAGCCGAUCGAUCCCUCCGUCUGGGCUACAAAAGCUAUCGAUGCAAUCGCGCCCGAACUUGCAGCAAACCACGAAUGGACCAGGGAGUUCAUUGAUGGCUCCUCGCUCUAUACAGAGUUCUUGAAAGCGCUCAGUCAUGUAGCCGCCGACCAUAGCAGGCGCCACAACACCAUCAUUGACAACGCGGAACUGGGCGGCUUCGGGUCCAAACGCUUCAGCAAGGACGGCAGACUGAUGCUGUACCGUUCGAACAACCAUUCGACCCAAAGCGGCAUGCGCCCAGCAGAAGACUUGCCGCUCGUCGUUAUCUAUGAUGUCGAAGCAGGUAAAGAAAUGCAUCGCCUUACUGGACACACGGAUGCCAUCAUGUGGUCGGCUAUGAGCCCGGACAUGGAGUGCGUUGCCACCGUGUCUUGGGAUGGGUCGCUACGCAUGUAUUCCGUCUCGACUGGGGUUCUCAUUUGGGCUACAGACAAAUCAGGUGGUCAAAGUUGGGCCGGCGCAUUCUCGCCAGACUCAAAGCUCAUCGUCUGGAGUACUAAGAGUGGCUCAGUGGUGCAGGUUCACGAUGUCUUGGACGGGCGAAAGGUAGCAGUUAUGCCAGAGAAAUUUUCCCGCUGGUGCCGGUGCUUUGACUGGCAUCCAGCGCGGUCGGAGAUUGCGCUUUGCGCUGGUAAAGAAGCAUAUGUCUGGAACCCGCUGGAUGGUCCCAAUGGCAAGGUACUUCAGCAUUUCAAGAUCGAGGGUAAAGAACGACUGAGUAUGUCUGAGAUCCAUGCUGUUCUAUGGAUGAACGAAGGUCGACUACUGGGUAUUGAGUCAGACGAAGGAUCAACCCUGAUUUACGACACCGAAAGCAACGCGAAAGAGCUGUUUUGGCGACCUGCUGGCACGAUGGCUAGCUACGUUGCGGGCAGUCUAUGCGGCAUGUUUCGAGACAAGGAAGAACAGGAUGUAUACCUCAGUGUCGACGGCGAUGGAACCGCGCGGUUCUGGCGGACAAGUGUUCCAGCUCUCCCAUCGUGGUGGGACAAAGACCCGAUCCCAAUUGUUACAAAGAAAGCAUUCCCCGAGACGGGAAAGUAUGUCAAAAUCACGAAGGCAUCGGGCAAAGCAGCUUUACAACACGAAGCCGCUAAAGAGAGUUAG